GGAGACUUAAAGGACUGCAAAAAGGAAACUCGACGUUCAUCGUCUCCCAGUUUGGGGAAGUGGAGUGUGGUGGACUGGAGGCUGGAGACUGGAGUCCGAGGGGUAGCGUUGCAGCCCCUAUGGGUGGUCCCGUUUGAAGAGACCCUGGUGCUGAUCCCUGGACCUCAGCAUGAAGAAGAGCAGGAGCGUGCUGGCCGUGACCGUCGAGGACAGGAGUAAGGACACGCUGGACCCUGGCCGCUACAGUCGCUCGUACACCUCGGGCAGCACGCUGGGGGCAGACCUGAGGAGGGGAAGGCGCAAGCUGUCUGGGAGCGUGCCGUCCUGCAGAUCACGGGACAGGGCUGGCUCCCCCGAAAUCCUGGACAGCGUCUCCAGACCCACCACCCUGUCGCUCUGCAUCCCGCCACGCAUCGCCAUCACACACGCUGACAGGUAG